CAAAAGCACCGGUGGUGGGGUGUGCGAGAUAGUCAAUGCCUCGUGGUCCGGUCGCCUUUCAGUGUCGGCCGUUCUCCUCGUCCGGGAUGUCGUUUUGUCUUUUUCCGGUCUGUUGCAUUCGUUGCUUCCACAAUUCUUCGGCACCGAUCGUCGAACAGUGAUCAAUACAUUUAUCGGAGACACACGACUCGUGGCGCGAGUCUCUUAUCCAAACUUUUCACUCAGAAUUUCAAUUAUAAAUCAACGAACAGAAAUUCGAUUUUAUUUUUUCACAAGUGCACUGAGAACACAUUACAUCGCCAUCGUUUUUAAUAAUUCAGUGACUCCGCGUUUAUUCACGUGUGAACGUCACGGAGAUUGAAAAUAUUUGUUGAAGGAACGUGUAUAAAGAAAGGUGUUCCUCGAGUAUCGAACUCGUUAAUCGUCUGCAUGGUACCAAUUCACUUGUCAUAACGUUCUCUAAUAUUACUUGAAUGUGAUGUAAACACUGUUGGUGUGCUCGGGAGAGAGAGAGAGAGAGAGAGAGAGAGAGAGAGAGAGACAGUUUCGAAUCGAUAACGCCACGUGCUUCCUUGCUAAAUUAAUGAAAAAACACUCGAUGAGCGUAAGUAACGAAAUUGUGAAAGACAAAAGUGUUUUCUCAAUUUCGCAUAAUUUUUCAACGAUUAUUAAUGCUUGAAAAGAAAUAUUUUUCAAGUUGGACGCAACGAAAUUAAUGUAAAUCAUGACGAAUCAUGUUGUAUACGAUUCUACUUAAUGUCAGAGAAUUUGAAUCGUGCGAUAUUAACGCGUUCGUCAGCGCAGUGGAAACGGAAAUGUGCAGUCAGACACGUUGGGCCUUUAAUUGUGGAUACGAAUAAGUAAUUUUCAAAUAAUCUCAGGUGAUCUUUCUUCUUUUUCACUGGAACGGUAACAGUCAAUCAAGAUGCAGGACUCGCAGAGAUACGAAGAACAUACCAUAUAUAAGACAGGAUCACCCUGCAGCCUGCGAAAACUUCGAGACAUGGUACCGGCCAGGGUGGUGCUGUACAUGUUGUCGUUCUCGGGGUUUACUGUCUCCUUCAUGAUGAGGAACGACAUCAACAUCGCCAUGGUGGCGAUGGUGAAACCGCCGUCCACGAAAUCGGACACCAACGACGCGAUGACAUCUCAUCAUUGUUAUGUAACGCCGAAUGUAUCGUUCGUCAACAAUACCACCACGCCGAUCAGACUUGAGGAUCGAGGAGAGUUCGAUUGGAGUCCAACAAUUCAAUCAGCCAUUAGUGGUUCCUUCUACUGGUGCUACAUAUUGUCACAAGUGGUCGGUGGUGUUUUGACACAAUAUUUCGGCACGAAGACGGUAUUCGGUGGGUCACAGCUGAUCACAGCGGUCUGCAGCUUGCUGAUGCCUUCUGCAGCUGGCAUCCAUUAUGGUUUCAUGAUUGCUCUGCGCAGUAUACAAGGCAUUGCCAGUGGACUCACGUGGCCGGCGAUGUACGCCAUCGUUGGGCAUUGGAUACCACCCGUGGAACGUUCGCGUUUCAUGUCUUCCUUUCAAGGGUUCAGCUUUGGGAUCGGGAUAACCUAUCCAUUGUGCGGAUUCAUCAUCGCCCAUUUCGGUUGGAGAGCGGUCUUCUAUACGACCGGCAGCAUCGGUAUGUUCUGGUGCCUUUUCUGGUAUUUCUUCGCCUUCGACACGCCUGCCAGCCAUCCAAGAAUAUCCCAACAGGAGUUACGGUACAUUCAAGGAAGCGUUGGAAAUCAAGUUCACGGAACGACCGAGGGUCUGCCAGUUCCAUGGGGUUCCAUUCUGAGAUCUUGGCCAGCAUGGUCGAUUGGUAUCACCACAUUCGGAAGGAUAUGGGUUCACUAUAUUUUCAUCAUUUCCGGACCAAUGUACAUGAAGACAGUUCUAGGGUUCAGUAUUCAAGCGAAUGGAGUUCUUUCCGGUUUACCGUUCAUCUGUAGCUACUUCAGCUCCGUAGCCUUCUGCUACGUAGCCGAUGUCCUUGUAACGAGGCAGAUUUUGUCACUGACAAACGUCCGCAAGGUGUUCACCGCUCUUUCACAAGUAGUUCCUGGAAUAAUGUUAGUGUUGAUCGGCUAUCUGGGCUGCGACAUCGUCCUGGUUUUGGUGGUAUGGUUCAUAGCCGUCACCCUUAUCACUGCUGCUUACGCAGGGGCGAUGGCAAACAUCGUUGAUAUAGCGCCAAAUUUUGCUGGUCCGAUAUUGGCGUUUGCACAAACCAUUCACAUGUCCGCCAGUUUUCUGUCUCCGGUGGUAGCUGGUCUACUCACUCAGAAGAGUCAAGCACUCGACGCGUGGAGACAGGUAUUCGGGGUCACUGCUUGCGUCGCGUGCGCCACUUACGUUGUAUACCAGAUCUUUGGUACGGCCGACAUCCAAGCGUGGAAUUAUCCGGACCAAAAGUAUCCGCAAUCGGUUCAAGAAGAUUCGCAACCUUUGAACGAGUCUCCUCAGAAGAACGGAAAGAUCGUCAAGUCUCGGUCGAACGUGUCCGAGGAAGCGUAACACGAUCGUUGUUCGUCCCUGAUAAGAAAGAAGAGUAUAAAGUAUACUCUUGUCACAGACGAUUACAAACACUUCUCCUUUUAAUCUCGCAAAGAGACGAUCAACCUUAAGAUAUAAUAUUUAUUAUAUAUACACACACGCGCGAGAAAAGUCUAUUUUUUUCGUAAUAUCUCUGUAUGUAUGUGCAUAGAAGUCGGUAGUUCGUCCGUGGGAGAAGUGAUAGUCAGGGUAAUGUACAUUGUAAAGUUUAUAGGAUAUUUUUAUGAGAAUUCUCGAAUUAACGCAUUUCGAAAUCUUUUUUUUUUUUAUUAACACCUUACUUACCGUUUAAUAGUAACCGAAGAUCAAAAGAAGUAACUCUGACUUUGAAUUUUUUCAGCAUUGUAAGAUAAAUUAAUUUUUAUUAUUUUAAUUGAGUUUCAGGUGAUUUAUUAAUCGCUUUUCAGUGAAGAACCAAUGGUAUUGAAACGUUUGUUAAUAGACUUCCGGUAAAUAAAGUGUUAAGGUCUUGUUUCGAAGCGAAAUGCACAAAAAGUUUAUUCGCAAUGUUAAUUAACAUGUUUCACGAUUCAAAGCGACCCUUUGCUCGCGUAUUAUUUUCUGUGAUUAAAUCCUUUUUUUAAUAAGAUCUUGAUCGUUAAUGAGCGCGCAAAAGAGGAAUGAACCUCGUAGAAGCGCCAAGAGAACAGUCUCCAAAUUCCGAAAAUUGAAAACUAUAAAAUGUUGGAACGAACAGUUUGGAUACUGUUGCCUUCUAUGUUCUUACGAAUACUUCUCUGUGUAAAUUACAAUUACCACUUAAUUGUAGAAUUUCUCUUUCUCUCUGUUAAGAAGUGUUUGUUCUACGUAACUCUUAAUCAAGAGAUGACGACACGUAUUUAUAUGUUUGCCAGUGAUAUUUUCUCAAUGCCCUGUUAGAAUACAUGGUGUAAAAAGGAGUUUAUAAAGAAAAAAAAAUUUCGUACGAUACUGUACUUAGAGACCAUAUUUACACAGAAAUAUUUAAUACGCUGUAGGAUUAGAAACAAUACGAUGUACAAAAAUAUAAAGCGACAGAGAUGUUAUAUACUACCACUGAUCGAUGCCUUGUAUUAGCUAUAAUUUCUUUCAUCUCUUUCGACAAACAGUUUCAAUGAAAAAUUAUCUUUCAUUUAUGUACUUAAAAAAUUUAUUUCAUCAGUUGUAUCGUCUUUAGUUCAACCCUCGAAUGGGGGGUCAUUGAUGAUUUAUUUAACUUUCAAGUGAAGAUAAAUUUUUCCAUUUUAAUUUUUAAAAAUUUUAAACGAUUCUUUAACUACCGUCUUUGUCGACAAAUUUCACUAUCUAAUUUUAAUUAGAAUUGACCCCUCUAUUCGAAAAUUGAUUGACCCCUCUAUUCGAAAAAACAAAUAGAAAGAAACUUUUCGUUCUCAGGAGAAGAUUUGUUCGACUCACAAUCAAUGAUUCCAUUCACUUAAGGAACACAAAUACUAAGAGAGAUGAUCGUUGCAAAGUAUUGUAAUUUUAAUUAUUUUUAUACUGGCACCGUUUACAUGCGAUAAAUGUUAAGCCAACUUUCUCUUUGUUAAUCGUUAGUUGUAAGUAAUUUAAGUUACACGCAGAUGCUUAAACAAUAAAUACCGGAAAUUAGGUGAAAUAAAUCCUCGUAUACGUAAGCGUACAAAUACGAAUUGUUCACGUAGAAGAAAUUGUCAGUCGUUAGAAAUUCUAAUAAAUCUGCGUGUACUUUUUUCUUCUGUGCUAUGUGCAGAAAUUUAACACUUUCGUUGAAUGAGAACAAAAAUUCAUUUCACCGGUUGUAUCGUCGCUAAUUUAAUUGCGAUGCUUAAUUAUAUUAAGCAUUAAUUGUGAAUCAAAAAUAGUUCUGUUGUGCGAACGACACAUCUCGGAUGUGUCACUCGAAAUCAGGUCACUUUGUAACGAGAUCGAAUACCAUGUAAUUCAUGGCGAGAAUAUGACAAGAACAUGAGCAAAUUCAAAAAUAUAUGAUUACGUAUAAUUUCAUUAAAAUGCUGUUGAUAUUUCUAA